GGGGCUGUGUUCUCCUGCGAGCUGAGACACGGAAGCAGGCAGCAACGAGGACGUGUAGCCGCCCCGCACCCGACGUCAGACAUGUCCUCUUCUCGAGACAUGUCCUCUUCUCUAGACAUGUCCUCUUCUCUAGACAUGUCCUCUUCUCUUCAGUCAGCGGAGCUCCGGCUGGUGGUGCUGGGCCGGACCGGAGCAGGAAAGAGAUCGGCCGUCAGCACCAUCCUGGGCCUGGACGAAGCUCCGCGGGGCGCGGAGGAGGGCGUCCGGCAGGAGUGCAGCAAACAGCGGGGGGAGGCCGCGGGGAGACGGGUGGCGGUCGUCUCCAGUCCGGCCUGGUUCGGCCCAGGCUGCGACCUCGAGGAAAGGAGAAGACACAUUUCCUCCUUCGUCGCCUUGUCCAGCCCUGGACCACACGCCUUCCUGCUGUGCGUCCCCGUGAACCAGCCGGCCGAGGGCGAGGCCGAAGCCCUCAACGUCCUCAGGAAGCUGUUCGGCGCCUCGGCGGUCGAAGCGAACACCAUCGUCCUCUUCACCCACACCGAGGAGCUGGAGGAGGAGGAGCAGCUGGAGGAUUACCUCUCCGCGUGGCGCAAGGACCUGAAGGAGCUGGUGCAGGCGUGCGGUGAGCACUACCACACCUUGGAGCCCCGCGGCGGCGCGGCGGAGGAGGCCAAAGCCGUUGAGGAGCUGCUGGAGAAGGUGGAGCAGGCGGUGAGAGCGAGGGGGGCGCAGCACUGCAGCGGCGCUCUGUACCGGGAGGCCGAGGAGAGAGUGAGGGGGAGGCAGGUGGAGCUCGUCAGGCAGAGGAGAGGAGCCUCUCCAGCGGACCCACAACCGGAGGGAGAUGUCACAGAAGAAGAGAUGGAGGCGGUCCGAGACGCGGCGGAGAGGAGUGCGGGCGACUUUAAUGUAGACGUAGACGGCCUUUUCCCCAGGUCACCUGACUCCCCCGCGCCCUCCUUCCUGUGGGGCCUAUGGGGGAAGCUGACUGGCUGGACCAGCUGGCUGCCCAGAAUGAUGAGGAUGGAGGCCCUGCUGGGAGCGCUGGUCAGCCUGUUUGUGGGGGGGCCGUUAGGAGGUGCGAUGGGGGCCACUGUGGGGUCCGUGGCUACUGAGGUGGGGAGAAGAAGAACAAAGCAAACCAAAUGAGUCGAUCUCAGGUUAAAGGCUCAUGCAUCGAGUUGCACAUUAAAGUCACCUGUGUGUCGCACACUGUUGUUACUCAGCUGUCAAAUACUAUUCAAGCACACCGUGUUAUCUAAUGGCUUUACAGAGAUACAAAUGUUUGAUGACUUACUCACUACUGAAGUCUUGAAUGAUGAAUAAAGUUUUUUCUUUCACGACAGUAUUUAAAUGUUAAUGAUCCUGCACUAAUCCAGUUUGAGGGCUGCACUAACAAGCUGUGAACAUGACGUUGAGGUAUCAGGGCUUUUUACUUAAAUCAUAAGCUGAUCAAAUCACUGUCACACAGCAACAUUAAAACAGUCUUUAAAGUCA